AAACAUAAAAUAUGGAAAAACUGUUUGUGUGUGUGUCUCUCUCUCUCUAUAUAUAUUUAUAUAGAUGGAGAGAGAUUACGCACCGACGACUGUUCGACAAUUCUGAACACGCCCAAGAUGAUGACGCAGGUCUAUGGAAUUGGAACUUGUAUGAUACUAGAGUUGGAAUAGCUAGCUAGCUAGCUGCAGUUUGCCUGCCUUGAGUAGUAAUAAAUGGCAUUAUAUGUGAGCGGUUGCUCUUCUUAAUAUCGUACAAUUACAUUGUGGCAUUCAAGAUAUCGAGGACAAGACAGCUUUCUGACUUCCUUGUAAGCUGACAGCUGUUAACGUGAGUAGCUCACUGGCUAAAUUCAUUGUGAGCUAGCUAGAUAGAUUUGAUAGCUAAAGUUAGUUAACUGAACUCGUGCAGAUGUUAAUGUUACAUAUAAUAUAUGUAUAGACGUAUUUGUUGGCCCGUUGUUGAAAGGAGACAAGCUCAUUCCCUGAGAGUCUCGUGUUGUCAAGACAACAAAAUGAAAAGCAUGAUCAUAGCUGAGCUUUACUGACGUAACAUAGCCAGUGAAAGCGGUUAACACCAGUGGUUAUGGCAAGGCUAGCUAGCUGGCUAGUCGAACAACCAUCGUUAGACAGGCACACAUUGCCACUGCUCCUGGAAGUUGACAGCAACCCUGACCCAAACAUGUCUCUGGCACAGAGGGUGCUCCUUACCUGGAUAUUUACACUGGUCUUCCUUAUCAUGCUGGUACUGAAGCUCGAUGAGAAGAUCCAUUGGAAUUGGUUUCUUAUAUUUCUUCCUGUGUGGACAUUUGACACUAUUCUCCUCCUCAUGAUUAUUGUUAAAAUGGUGGGCCGCUGCAAGCCAGGCUUUGAUCCACACAAUGCUACCCAGGACCUGAAGAAGAGGAUUUGGUACUUGGUGGCCAUGCUUCUGAAAUUAGCAUUUUGUCUAACACUUUGUGCCAGGCUCGAGAAUCUAACGAAUAUAUACUUGAGUUUUGUUUUUGUCCCUCUCUGGGCAUUGAUGAUUGGGGCCAUGGUAGAACUUGGCUACAAUGUCUUCCACUUCAGAAGAGAUUGAAGACUUGGUUUUUGGUUCAGGGAAAUCACAGCUCUACUGGGUCUCUACUGUUGACUUGAACUGUCAGUACUGAACGUCAAACACCACAUUUCAGUUUCAUCCUGUAAGCAGGUUAGGCCUUUUUUACCAAAGUGACCAAGUUGACAAAAGAGAGACAUGACUUGGCGUGAUGCGUAAGGGGCUGUGCAUGCUGUGCAGACUCAUUUAGGUAAGGUCAAAAUAAGAUCAGGGUCUCCACGUAAACAUCUGGAUAGAGUCUAAAAUGUGUGUAGGCAGUGGGGGCAGUGUAUAUUUAGCAUACAUGAGCGAUACACUUACACUCACACACACACACACAUACAGGUGUCGUAUAACACCUUUCUGCCCCACGCCAUCUGCUGAGGUGCUUGGAUGCACUGUCUGGGUUUCCAUUCAUUGCCACAAGACUUUGAUGGGAGGGAAAACUGUAACCACUGCAGGACACUGGUAUUGUAACUAUUUUAUCAUGUCAACUCCUCUGAUAUUUUGCACUAAAUGCUUCUGUGUGUCCCACUGUUGUGGCAUUUUAUGCAUUUAAUACCACCUGGCAUUUGGUUUACAAAUACUGAAGUGAUAUUUAAUAAUGUCUCGUAGACAUGUGGGAGAUUGAUUUAACAUUAAAGUAGCCUAAUUUAUGAAUUGUUUGUUUUGUGCAUUGUAACCUAAAUAAAAUGUGCUGGUACCACAA